AUGGUUGAACAUAACAAACCAAGUCAUAACAAAAAAGAUAAAGACAAUACCGAGAACAACAGUGACCAAAGGUUGCAGGAAGCAAGGUCAGAAAAUCAGGACACUCAUGAAGGAAAGGAAAAUGGAAAACAAAUGUCUCAAGAAAGUAAAGUGAAGGAAAACAAAGAUGAGAAUGACAGCAUUGAUCAAAGAUCUCAAGAAAGAAAUGGGACUGAUAACAAAGAAGAAGAGGAGGAAAUUUCGACUAGCUUAAGUUCCAGACUCAAAGAUUGUGAGGGCAUAAACCUGGUGGUAGAUCUAAACUGCGAAAAUGAUAAACAGAAAGAUGAUUUUGAAGGCAACUCUGAUGAUGAAGUGGCAGAAAGCCUAAUUCAAUUUUUUGCCCCAAACAUUGUCCGUGACAAGGAAGAAGGGGAAGUCGAUGAAGACCAGGAAUGUACAGCUGAAAGUCACUUGAAGGAAGUGAUUGAAAAGCAAGGAUUGUCUCCAGUAAAAAGGGGAAGAAGCAAACAUAAAGGAAAAAGCAAGAAACUUAAAGAUGCAAGAGCUAAAACUGUUCCCCUGGAAAAGGGAAAGAGUUUAGAAUAG